AUGGCUACGUUUGACUUGGUCCUUGCCCGUGGCGAUUCCGAGGACACCCUUCUUCUGGAGCGAUAUUUUCUUGCUGGAGACCUCAUCAUCGGCAUAGGAUACGGCAAGUGUCUCGUUUGCAUUGUGUCAGAAAUUGACUCAUGUCGACCAUGGCAGGAUUACAACUCGUCCUUUGGUUCCUAUGCACUCCUCUUGGGAACCGAGACCAUAUUCGUCGUCGCGGAGGGCCUCAAUAUCCAGCACAUUUACGUCGACAGUCGGAAUUUUCCUGGAGGGCCGUGGCAGUACCAUCUGUCUUCCCAGACAUCCGCAGCGAACGUCACCUUCAAUGCGAGCAUCUUCGUAUUGACGUUCCUCGGAGAUCUUCUUGUCCUUUGGCGCUGCUGGGUUGUCUGGUCCGCCUUCGACACCGGGAUCGCAGUCAUCGCUGUCACUCUCCCGGCGCUGAUAUUGUCGGGAUCUUUUGUCCUCGGCGCUAUAUGGACUUUGCAGUCUAGCCAUCCCGAGCUGGCCAUCUACCGCUCGGUGCCGCUGGAAUUCGGCACGGCCUACUACGCUGUUUCACUCGCGUUGAACGUCAUUCUCACGGCCCUCAUCACCGGACGUCUCCUUGCGUAUCGCCGUGCGCAUAUGGCGCUUCUCCCCGAGGACCAUGCGCGGCAGUAUCUGUCACUUGUAGCGAUUGUGGUCGAGUCGGCGGCAAUCCACACUGCGUUCGCCGUUGCGUUUGUGACCUCAUAUGGUCUUAAUGCCCCGGCGAAUGUACUGCUCAUGGGGUUUGCGUCUGCUGCACAGCAAGUCGCGAGCUACCUGAUCAUCUACCGGGUAGCAGAUGGCAAGGCCUGGUCCAAAGACACGCCGCGUCUCGAAACGAUCAGCUCACUCAAGUUCGCUUCGCAUGAAGAGGAACCGCUGCCACAUUCCAGCACUCCGGACGCACCUCUCAGCCCGAUGGAUCCAGAAAACCAGAGCGAGGAUGGCGCUGGCGGUUGA